UCUGCCAAUCAUCCGAUUUGGACCUCGGAUGCGAAACCGCGUCGUCAAUCUCUGGUAAUGACAAAAUGGUGUCGCAAUGCCUGAUGGGUAAGUGCUAGAUAACACAUUUUGGUUUAUUGCCAAAACGGGCUGCAGAAGAAGUUCAAGUCGUGUGGGUGUGUCUCUUUUGGGGGGGAUUGCCACAAUCUAUUAAUUAUUCAUAAUUGAUUGGUACCAGCAGAGGGCGCAGUUGUCAUUUAUUGCCUUAACGGGCUGCGGUAGAAAUGAAAAGUUUGAAAGCACUUUUAAAUCUUGCUCAUUGUUUACACUUGUACGGAAAUAGUCGCAGUAAUUAUUAGCUCGUGGGAUGUUUCCCAUUUCCCAGGAGCCUUUGCACGCGGCGUACAAGCUUGGAGGGCAAAAGCCGCAUUAGGCCCGAAACGGAGAAAGGAGACAUGGGUCAAGAUAGGUUGCGCUUAUCUCGUUCCUGGGGAAGGGCGGCCAUCUUUCACGCCGGCAUCUCUGCGACCGAUCUCCUCCGUCUGGAGCCUGCUGAUUACAGAACUCCUUCCGUCUACUCAGUCUUCUUCGGUUUUUGUGCGGCUGCCGCGCUUUUAUGCUCUGAAAAACGGAGAACGGUCGCCGACGCGGAGGUGAUGGGAAAUGAGCGGUCGACAAACGUGCCCGUUAAAGAUGGGCGCCCGAUCAGACGCGUGGCCGAUCUCGACGCUCCGCCGGGAUUUCAGUCAUCGCCUCCUUUUGAUGUCGUCCCGCCACGUUGCCACGGCAACAGUGUAGCCGAGCGCACCCCGAUUGAUCGGUCGCUUGACAGUGUCUCCUUGGCUUACCAAAAGCCAUGACACGCGGCGGUUUGUGGUACUAAACACGCGUGGCGGUAGAACGCUUAAAGGGCCCGAGGUCGAGCGACGAGAAAUAAUCCACGGAAUGGAAAAAACGACACGCUGGAUGACAUUUCAUAUGAUUCAUGAGUCAUGUGAUCCUUCCCUGCCAGUUGUUCAUGACAACCGCCACCGUACACAAUAGAAAUGAAUAUGACAACUAGAAAUCAUCCACAAAGUCCAAAAAGUCCAUAGCAUGCGUCGUCACACACAGGCGGAUGUGCCACACAAUUACGGUCAUGCGAUUGUCCCUUCAUUAUGAUAACUGCCACCAUGCCCAGUCGAAAUAAUCCACAAAGAGAAAAAAAAAAAAACGAUUCCAUGCCGUUUUCGUUCACACCCGGGCUGAUGUGUUAUAUGAUAACUUGGUGGGGAUCAUUUUUCCACCCGGACUAAAGUUACUGCAGUCGCAAGCGUCGCUGCGUGUUGGAGUAAGUUGGCGCAACUCCACACGCGCAUUCGCUGACGCCCACGUCACUCACCGGGCCUCGCCCCACCUCUUAAAGCCAUACACAUUCAAAGUCACAGAUACGACAGUAGAACCUGAGGAUGGCGACCCCAAGUGGAGAAAAAAAAACAUGCAAGUUAACAGUUAUUGGGUUGAAUAAUCAUCAUAACCUAACAGAAAUAAAUACGACGACUAGAAACCCCAAAGUCAACAAAGUUACCCGGUGUGCGCCCUGAAACGUAAGCAGCGUCCCGCUGUGAAGGAAGGAAGACAUCUGACGUGCGCCGGUCCUCCAGUAAGUGUUUGUUCGGAAUCAUUUCUCCUUUUGUGCCUCCCAAUGAGUAACGCGUCGUCGUUGUUGUUGUUGUUGUUGAUGUUGUUUUUCCCGCUUUGACAGGAGCGAGCGCACGUGAUGGGAACGCGGCGGAUGACUCACAAAGUCCGAGCCGAGCGGGGAGGCUCGCCUGUGAAGGUCACUUCACCGUUGCCAUGACGCCUUCGGGCCUCCCCCGUCGCCGAAGCCGCCGUAGCGGCGAGUGGCCGACGCCAUCUUCCUCCUCCUCCUCCCGCAGUGCUAAGUCAGCAUGCCACAACGGCAACACUCCGGGUCCAGACGGACAACCAUCUGUCAUUUACACUACUACAUAAAAUGGCCGACAAGCCGUGCCGGUGUGGCAUCACGUGGCGGUCAAACACUCAAAAUAAUCCACGGAGUCAAAACCAAAAGUUGUUGCAGCGCUCUUGCAACGGCCCCGAGUUUGCGGUCGCCAUGGCGACGUGGUCCAUCACGCUUCAGCAGCCCGCCAACGAGCGAGCGACCUUGCAGGUGUUUUUGUGCUGCUUCCCUGGGGAAUUAGCCCCGCCCCCCGUGGACAAGUUCUAACAAGCAGAGUGUGGGGGGGGGGGGGGUCUUUUGUCACAUCGCCUCCCACAGCCAAUCCCGGACCAGGACCGGGCGAUGCGGGAUGCUGGAGGGAUUCCGAGAAAUUGGUCGUCCUCGCCGGCGACUGAUCAUUAUCCAGGCUCCGCCCCCAAGGUCCCCUCUCUCUCUCUCGCUCUCGCCGUCAGAGCGCCACUGCCUGCCCACCUCCAGAUGCCUCCGCCUCCCCACCAGGAAGGUGCGCUCGCCGCCGUCUGCCAGCAAACGCCACUGUGACGGUAGGAGUGGAAGGACCCCCGUCAGAGCGAACAUAUCCGGCGCUUCGCAACUUGACACCCGGCCGGGCCCCCCUCCCCGCCCCCCGCCCCCCUUCGCUCACACACGCAGCCCCCUCACUGCUGGGAUUGGGAACAAGAGAGAAAGCCAGCCAGCCAGCCGGCGCUCCCGGGAAGACGAGACAGCUGCCAGGCUCGGCAAGAUGAACGAGAGCCGGAGGGAAGCGCUGGCGGCGGCCCCCGCGCCCACCGCCGCCUCCUCCUCCUCUUCCUCCUCGUCCAACACCACCAACAUGGCGGGCAGGCCCGGCGCCGGACCCAAGGACGAGGCCUUCUCCAAACUCAAGGACAAAUUCAUGAACGAGCUCAACAAGAUCCCAUUGCCGUCGUGGGCCAUCGUGUCCAUCGCCUUCGUGGCCAUCAUCCUGGUGCUGGCCUGCUGCUUCUGCGUGUGCAAAAAGUGGAUCUUCAAGAAGAAGAACAAGAAGAAGGGCAAGGACAAAGGCAAAAACGCCAUCAACAUGAAGGACGUCAAGGACGGGGCCAAAACCGAGGCCUUGAAGGAUGAGGAGGACGCCGAGACAGGCCUGACGGAGACGGAGAAAGAGGUCGAGCCCAAGGAGGAGCAGAAACUGGGCAAAUUACAGUACUCGCUGGAUUACAAUUUCACCGAGAACACGCUGAUCGUAGGGAUCAUCCAGGCGGCCGAGCUUCCCGCCAUGGACAUGGGCGGCACGUCCGACCCGUACGUCAAGGUCUACCUGCUGCCCGACAAGAAGAAGAAGUUUGAGACCAAAGUCCACCGCAAGACUCUCAACCCCGUCUUCAACGAGCAGUUCACCUUCAAGGUUCCCUACGUGGAGCUGGGCGGGAAGACGCUGGUGAUGACGGUGUACGACUUCGACCGCUUCUCCAAGCACGACGCCAUCGGCGACAUCAAGGUGCCCAUGAACAAGGUGGACUUCAGCCACAUCACGGAGGAGUGGCGAGACCUGCAGAGCGCCGAGAAGGAGGAGCAAGAGAAGCUGGGCGACAUCUGCUUCUCCCUGCGCUACGUGCCCACUGCCGGCAAGCUCACCGUGGUGGUCCUGGAGGCCAAGAACCUGAAGAAGAUGGACGUGGGCGGCCUGUCAGAAGGUGCAGGUGGUGAUCACGGUGCUGGACUACGACAAGAUCGGCAAGAACGACGCCAUCGGCAAAGUGUUUGUGGGCCUGAACAGCUCGGGCACGGAGCUGCGCCAUUGGUCCGACAUGCUGGCCAAUCCCAGGAGACCCAUCGCCCAGUGGCACGUGCUCAAGCCCGAGGAGGAGGUGGACGCGCAGCUCUCCACCAAGAAAUAGGCAGGACCCCCCGGGACCCCCCGCCCGUCGCCGCCUCCACGCGCCUGCCUUCUUGUAUAGCCGGGGUGGGCAAAGUAUGGCCUGGGGGCCACAUAAGCAUUAGCAAGGCUACUGGAAUAUUACGUUACAUUCCACUUUAUUGUCAUCACACGGGAAUUAAAAAGUAUGUCAAGCAUAGGCCUUUUUACAUAGCAAUUCUUUUUAUAUUCAUUUAGUCAUUUUAUAUUCAUUUAGCCACUUUUUUCCUAAAGUUGGUCAAUUUAAAUGUAUUCAUUUGUAUUUUCAUUUAUCUCAUUGUUGUUUUUAGUAGUCCAAUAACAACAAAAGUACUCAUUUUUUUAAAAAUAUAUAUUUUGAUUCAAUAGUUUAUCUUUAUUAUUAUUAUUAGUCAAAUUAAAGAAAAUAUGCAGAUUUUUUUUUUUUAUUAAAUAAACGAAUAAUUGAUUUGUUGUAAAUGAUACAUUUGUCAAAUAAAGAAUUUUACAUCUUAAAAUACUGAAAUAGAUCAGUCAAAUAAAUUUUACGUCUGCAUUUUAAAAAACAUUUAUUUUCUCAAUAUUAAAUAGCUUCAUGAAUGAAAGUAAUUAAAUGAACUAUAAAAGAUUGAUUUGAAAUGUGAAUGAAUUACGAUUUUAUUCUUAAAAUCAACCGACAUCUUUCCCAUUUUUCCAUCUCGUCUGCCCGAGCUGACUUUUGAGUCGAGAGACACGCCGGCCGGCCUGGUUGCGUUUCGAGUUUGGAACGCAGAACCUCUCGGCUGCGAGGCAGCGAUGUUUACCACAAAACCGCUGCCUAUUUUUCUUUUCUUUUUCUUUUUUUUCUUUUUGCCAAAUCCAAAUGUGGCCCCUGGAGCGGCCAAGUUUGCCCGCCCCUCCUCCUCCUUCAAUAGCCAGUCUGUGUAAAUACCUCAGUGAUCUCCUCGCUUUUCGCGCCGCGUCCCCGCCCCCGGCCUGGCCCCGCCCCUUCUUCUUUUAAGCAAUAUGAUGUUUAUAGACGACAUAGCACAUGACUGACACACUUGUACAUAUGUGACAUCCACCCGUGCAUACAUACGCGCAUUGUACUGUGUACUGUACGUUAUGCGGGCCACGCAUUUCUAGUUGACGUGCUUCUAUGUUGUUCUAUCUGGAUGUUUUUAAUAAGAUGUUCGAUUUUAAACGCGUGUACAUAGCGCACAUACAGUACGUGCGCGUGAGUGUAGCAGACGUACGCUAACAGACUCAAGUAGACGUUAGCAGACAUAUGCUAGCAGACGUCCGAAAAAGGCCAUCGACCGCUUUGGUUAUUUGAGAGGGGGGCGUCUACAAGCACAUGAUUUCUUACGACUUUUUUCUACUUAUUUGUCAGUCCGAGGGUCCUCGCCUUUACUCAAUCGAACGACGAAUCUCGUAUCUUUUCGCUCACGCCCCCGCUGAAGUUGAGCCGUCGUGAUAAAAGCACCAAGCCGUUGCCGUCGUGUCCUUAAUCUCUUUAUCCUCAUUUGGUUUUGGGUCUCCGCUUUUUUUUGGGGCUUUUUUGGGCUUUAAUUGCAGGAGACAAAAACCGCCGUCGGGUGAUGCCGGUUCAUAAACACUGCCAUGCGCCGGGAGGCUAAGCUAGCUAGCUGGCUAACUAGCUCGCUAUCUGUCCUCUCGCGUUGCACACUGUUCGGGAACAAAACGAGUCUUGGCUAUCAGUUGCCUCGGCCCAGCGACGCCAUUUUUUCACUGCCAAUUGUCACGCCCGUUUGCACUCUUUUGCAUUUUCCUGGUUUGCGAAAAGUCGUCCCGGCGAAAAGAAUCUCGGCGACCAAAACGAGCUGGCGGCUAGCUUCUUUCCGCCAUCCUCAGAAAGCAAAGUUAAUGGGCUCCCAUCGCAUUCUUUACGACAGUUUCCCAACCUUUACUGAGCCAAGGGACAUUUUUCACUUUAGAAAAAUCUCACGGCACACUACCAAACUAAAUAUAACAAAGAAAAUAUAUAUGUCACUAAUCCAAUAUAUACUAUACUCUUAAUUAGUGUGAAAUGUGAGUCUGUUUAGUUGAACACAAAGCUAUUAUUUUGUUGUAUGAAUGGCAAUAGGUUAAUUGCACCUUAUGCCAUCUAGUGGAAGAGCAUUGAAUUAUUCUGCCUGUCACUAUACGUCGGCGGCAUAGAUAGCUGAAAAAAAAGCAAUUAUUUGUAGUAAUUCAAUCAUAUGUGAAAUUGGAUGAUUGGAAUGGUUGGGAAUGAGCUCUACGACGUUUAAAUCUGCGAAAUCUCGCGUGCGUGUGGUCGGGGGGACUUUUUAAGCGUUUUUCGCCAGUGUUCUUGUGUAUUUAGCGUAGCGCUAUUGCGGAGAAGCUACCCAUCACCAUCAUUCCGCGGGCGUCGCCCGCUUUGUGUAUCACUGUGAUGCCGUGCGUGUAGACGUGUAGACUUAGCUCGAGUUUGUUCCGUAGUGAUGUCGCCGAUUCCCCGCCGAGAGAGUUUGUUGAGCACUGUGCAAUCCUCCCGUGUGCGCGUGCGCGUGCGUGUGUUCAUCACAUCGUCGAAAAAGGCGACAUUUUUUCCUCUGGUGCGCGUAUGUGCGUGUGUGUGUGUGCACAGUUCAGGGAGUUAAAUACCAAACGAGCUCUCCAAAUCUGUGUGUGUGUGUGUGUGUGUACAUAUUUACAUUAAAAAAAAAUGUAUAUCUAUAAGAAAUAUGAUAAUCUAAUCUUCUUUUACGUGUCGCCAUCCUUUUCUAUUGGAAGUUACUUUGUUGAAUGUACAGUACGGACCGUGUUGGUGUUGAUUAGAUGUAUUUUGCACUUUUAUUUUGUAUAAAAAAAAAAAACGACCUUUUGCCCCUGCCUUUUUGUGUCAUUUUCAAGCCCCGCCCCCUAAUGAGAAGAGCAGCAAAUUUGAAAAGAACUCAUGUUGGGAAAAAGAAAAGUGUGUGACGCAAAGUAGAAAAACGCGCAGGAAUGCGGCGGUGCAGGAAAACACAAAACAAGCCGACAAAAUAAAAGCCAUUCAACUGCACCGCCGCCGCGCCAAGCUCCGCCUCUGAUGAUUCCCUGCACCAAUCAGAGCAAAGCGCUGUAAAAAGUACGUGAAGAUCCUCGUUGCCUUUGCUGUGUUUCAACAACUGCCUGCUUGACUAUUUUGUGCGUUUUCUCCUCUGUGAUGUCGUAAUUUUUUUUAUUUAUUUAUUUAUUUUUAAUUGAAUUUAUUUUCAGGUUUUUUUUCUCUCUGUGAGUGUGUGCGUGUGUGUGUGUGUGUGUGUGUGUGUGCGUGCGUCUGUUGUGAUAUACGCUGUGGAGUUUUCUGACUGUUGUUCUAUAACUUCAUAAUACACACAAAGGAUCAAUCAAUAAAAAAUGUUUUAUUUCCCUGUUGCUAUACAGAA